AUGGGGGUUCUGAGACUGGCCGUCCUGCACCUGUUGGCGCUCCCUCUUCACAGCAGCUGCGUGAGUGGUACUCCCAGCAUUACAGCCUCCGUCGUGGGGCUACUGGAGCUGGGGGCUCCGCUGGAGUUGGGGCUGGUGGCCCUGCGGGUGCAGUGUUGCAGCCGGAGCCUCCCUCCCCUCAGCGGCUACGUGAGUGCUGGAGGCCCUGCUGCUACUGGAGGUCCUGGAGCUGCUGGAGGUGCUGCUGGUGCUGGUGCUGCUGGAGGUGCUGGAGCUGCUGGAGGUGCUGCUGGUGCUGCUGGAGGUCCUGGAGCUGCUGGAGGUGCUGCUGGUGCUGCAGGAGGCUCUGGAGCUGCUGGAGGUGCUGCUGGUGCUGGUGCUGCUGGAGGUGCUGCUGGUGCUGGAGGUGCUGGUGGUGCUGCUGGAGGUCCUGGAGCUGCUGGAGGUGCUGCUGGUGCUGCUGGAGGUCCUGGAGCUGCUGGAGGUGCUGCUGGUGCUACUAGAGGCUCUGGAGCUGCUGGAGGUGCUGCUGGUGCUGCUGGAGGCUCUGGAGCUGCUGGAGGUGCUGCUGGUGCUGGUUCAACAGGAGGUUCUGGUGCUGUCUCUGCUGCUUCUGGGGGCACUUCACGGCCGCGGCCGUACUUCGUUCCGCUCCUUCAGCAGGUUCUUGGUCAGUCGCCUCCUCCUAGUCCUCCUCCCUCCUUAGCUUGUCCUCCGCCUGUCCAGUCGCAGUCGCAGCUACCACCUGCCUCGCCACUUCCUGGUCCCUCUCCCUACACUGGUCCGACAGGCGGUCUUACAGAGCGUCGUGAGCCUGAUUCUCGUCCUGCGUCGCCUGUGUCUCGUCCAGUGUCACCUGUUCGUGCUGCUCGCACUGGUCGCCGUGUUCCGCAGUCUGACUCUCUUCGUGCUGCCAGUCCUACUGUCACGCGUCUCCUGGCCACUGUUGUCACUGACCCUUCCUUUGAGACUGCUGCUGCGUCUGCCCUAGUUGCUGAGCUUGUUGACUUUGCUGCUCGCUGUCGUCUAGACUACGCCGCGAGUCUUGUUGCUGAGUCUGAGUCUGUCUGUCCUCCGUCCGUCUGGGACAUCCCUACCCCGCGCUCUUACGCUGAGGCGAUCGCGGGUCCCUACUCCUCUCAAUGGCAGACAGCCAUGGAUGCAGAGAUGGCAUCCUGGAAGUCCACUGGCACUUACGUCGACGAGGUUCCCCCUCCUGGGCCGAACAUCGUCAGUGGCAUGUGGAUUUUCAGGGUGAAGCGGCCGCCGGGUUCUCCGCCUGUCUUCAAGGCUCGUUACGUUGCACGAGGCUUCAGUCAGCGAGAGGGAGUAGACUUCUUUCAGACCUUCUCCCCCACCCCGAAGAUGACCACUCUUCGGGUGCUACUGCACGUAGCUGCUCAGCGUGACUACGAGCUUCACUCUCUUGACUUCAGCACAGCUUUCUUGUAG